ACUGCGGGCCCGUCAGUGGCAGGUUGCUCAGUUGCUCAAUGGCUCGCUUUGUUCAUUCAGCUGUAUUUGCAUAAAUCAAGAAGAAACGAUUCAACCGGCUAACGUGGAACGUAGCGAAAGGGGGAAAACAACCCCCUAAAUGUAGUGUCAUCUUUUAGGGAAAUUUAAGUAAGACCUGUUUAAAAAAUGUCUAUUCCACUUGUGGAAGAUGAAAGUAAAGCAACUCUCGCUGUAGUAGGUGACGGUGGUAGUACAGCGAAUCCACCACAGGAGUUUGUUGUUAUUGAAGACCACCAUCGCGAAGGAUGGGGAAGUAAAGUGGAGUAUAUUCUGGCUACAAUUGGCUUUGCCAUCGGCUUUGGUAAUGUUUGGAGGUUUCCGUAUCUUUGUCAAAAGAACGGCGGAGGUGCCUUUCUUAUCCCCUACUUCACAAGUCUUGUGACCAUGGGAAUUCCUUUAUUCUUUCUGGAGCUUGCAAUUGGCCAGAGCAUACGCAAGGGGUCUAUCGGAGUAUGGAACAAUAUCCAUCCCUACCUAGGAGGUGUGGGGAUUGCUUCUGUCGUUCUCUCUCUGCUCAUCAGUAUUUAUUAUAACGUGCUUCUGGCAUGGUGCUUUAUUUACUUGUUUGGUGCAUUCCAAAAGGAGUUGCCGUACUCUUCCUGCCCAAGUAUUAAUGGUACAGAGAUACCAGAAUGCACAUUUGCAGGUAGGACCCAGUACUACUGGUACAAGACGGCACUGGGUGUGUCCUCAUCCCUGGAGGAGGGAGGGGGGUUGCAGUGGCAUCUCUGCCUGUGUCUCCUGUUGUCAUGGAUAAUUGUGUUCCUGUGCAUCAUGAGGGGUGUCAAGUCAGGAGGAAAGGCUGUGUAUGUGACCGCUACAGUACCAUACAUUGUGCUGACUAUUUUCCUCAUUCGAGGGCUUACACUUGAUGGCGCUGUUGAUGGCAUUAAACAUAUGUUCACACCACAGUUUGACAAGCUAAAGGACCCACAAGUGUGGCUGGAGGCCGCUACUCAGAUCUUUUUUUCCCUUGGCAUUGGGUAUGGCUCAUUGAUUGCGAUGUCCAGUUAUAACCCUAUCCACAACAACUGCCGGCGUGAUGCGGUGUUCGUGUCUCUCAUGAAUUGUGCCACCUCCAUCUACGCCACUAUUGUCAUCUUCUCCAUCCUGGGAUUCAAAGCAAACAGAUCAUACGACGAAUGUAUUGCGCUGUACGGAGGCGUGAAUGGGACUCUUCUCCCAGAAAACAAGACAAUGGCAGACAUGUGCUUUAACUUGGAAAAGUGGCUUAAUGAGGCCGCCGGGGGCCCAGGUCUGACGUUCAUCGCCUUCACAGAGGCCAUUCUCAAGAUGCCUAUCUCUCCCCUGUGGGCCGUGCUCUUUUUCGGGAUGCUCAUCAUGCUGGGGCUAAGCAGCCAGUAUGGCAUCCUCGAGGGCGUGGUCACACCAAUACACGAGAUGAAAUUGGUGCCCUUCCGAAAGGAGAUCAUUGCAGGCCUCUUGUGCGUGAUCUCGUUCUUCGUUGGCCUCGUGUUCUGUCAGAGGUCUGGAGAGUACUGGCUGCAGAUGUUUGACUCGUUCUCUGGACCGCUGCCCUUGUUGUUCGUGGGCUUGUUCGAGCUUAUAGGAGUGGCUUACGUGUAUGGACUGAGAAGAUUUGAGAGCGACAUCGAAUACAUGAUCGGCUGCCGCCCAGGGUGGUACUGGCUCAUCUCUUGGUUCGUCUUGUCCCCCCUUGUCGUGCUAGCUAUAAUCGUUCCUAGUGUGGUGAACCUCGCCGUCAAACCAAUCGGAUACACCGUGUGGGACUUUGCUAAGGCCGACACCAAGAUCCUAGCCUAUCCCUGGUGGGGACACAUUGUCAUCGCGUUUCUGAUUGGCUCGUCUUGUCUCUUUAUACCCGGCGUAUUUGUGGUGAGGGCUUUGCGAGGAUACAAACGGGAUUCUCGCAAAUCGCGGGAACGCAAUAUACAUGAAGAAGAGAAUAUGCUGACGAGAACCGGCAAGACUGGCGUCGAUUAUUAAGAACAAGCCAACUCAUUUGAUGCGCGCGUUACAUUAGUGUGGUUUUCGUACACCCCUGGAAUAUACUCAUUUAGCAUUAAUACACUCCAAUGUCUUUGUUCUCUUCUGUGCUGGCUUGGAUAUUACACUUUGUUUCACGUGUUUACGAACGCCACUAUCAUUUUGUUGUUCAGCAUUUCCAGUGUUUCCUAUGCAGCACGCGUAUAGCAGCAAAAUCUAACACUCGGAAAUGGGAAACGCGAUAAGUUGAACUACUCGAAUUUCGGUAUGGAUACCAACAAUUGUAAAUAUAUUUUAAAAAUGGAUACAUACAAGGGUUAAAUUCGGAAACCCGUGAAGAUAUAAUGUAGUUUUGAGUUGUUUCCAUGUAUUAAUUAAAGAAUAAAAGUCUGACAAGACAAAGGAAGAGCAAUAGGAUUUGUACAAAGGUGUAAUACGCAAAAGCUUUCCAUAUUUUAAGCUACUCUUUAGUUAUUUUACACUUGAAAACGCUCUUAUUCUUUGCUCUCCGGCGUUUUCUGUCUUUUUAACUUUAAAUAUAUUUUAUGUGUCUAUUUAAUACACUAUCAUUUGAAUCUACGAAAGGAGAUUUAUUAGUAAAUCUAUACAUUCAUAUUAAUUAUAGAAGCGUUUUAUAUAGUUGACUUUCAUGGGGGCAGCCAUUCAGAAACGAAGCUACCCACGUAAAACGAAAGCAAGUUAUUUUGGUAAAUCUAGGUUUGAUAAGAUAAAAUAUAUAUUUUGAUAGAAGUGAAAAAGGUAAGCGCUUUGAAUUACGUGCGUCAUUGUGUUACAUCAGAGUCAAUGUAAAAAUAAAUAGUGUGUAGUGCA